AGACCCAAAUGAGAGAGAGGUUAGCUAAUGAUUGACAACUGACAAAUUCCACAAAAGUAUAAAGAAGCCCUGCGUCUCUCUGCUCUUGGGCUCAAAUGCUAGAUCCCCUCUUCCAUCCAUCCCUCUGUCCGUGAGUCUUACCUUCCGUCAUGCAGUGGUUGGCUGUCUGCAGCCUGUUGGUUCUGCUGUGUGUAUCAGCCUGGUCUCAGAAUCAGAUCUGUACCAUCUUCACAGAGGCCAAGAAAGAUGGAUUCAAAGCUAUGGCACUAGUAGGGCUGGCUCAGAACCUUCCAGAUAGUUUGUUGGAUGACGUGGUGCCCCUGGUUGCGGAAGCCUUCACCAUGGGCAUCCAAUGCUGCUCAGACGAACCCCUAGAAGACUGCAACAGGGACGUGGCGGACCUGUUCCAGAGUGCUGUGUGUUCUUCUGAGACCUUAGUUGAGAAGAGCAAUCUGAAGCACUGCUGUGAGAAGACUGCCACUGAGAGAACACACUGCUUCGUGGACCACAAGGCCAAGAUUCCCCGGGACCUGUCCCUCACCUCUGAGUCGCCAGCUGCAGACCAGUGUGAAGACUUUAAGAAGGACCGCAAGGAUUUCGUGGAGAGCUUCAUCUUCAGGUUCUCCAAGCGCAACACCAUGCUACCUCCUCACGUGAUCCUGGCUGUCACUAAGAGUUACGGAGAGGUUCUGGCUACCUGCUGUGGGAAGAGUGAGGUCGAGGCCCAGACCUGCUUCAACACCAAGAAACCUACGUUCGAACACUUCGUCAGGAACCGUGUCAAUGAACUGAAGGCCCUGUGCAUUGUCCACAACAAAUAUGGAGACCGCAUUUUCAAGGCCAAGAAGAUGAUCCAGUACAGUCAGAAGAUGCCUCAGGCCUCGUUCCAGGAGAUGAAAGGCAUUGUAGACAAGAUCGUAGCGACUACUGCCCCCUGCUGCAGCGGAGACAUGAUCACAUGCAUGAAGCGGAGAAAGGUGCUGGUAGACGAGGUGUGUGGGAACCGUAGUGUGUUGUCCCGCACGGCGGGUCUGAAAGCGUGCUGUAAGGAACACGCCAUAGACAGAGGAUCCUGUGUUGAGGCCAUGAAGCCAGACACGAAGCCAGACAGUCUGUCUGAGCACUACGACCUGCACGCUGACAUAACUGCUGUCUGCCACACCUUCACCAAGACCCCUGAUGUAGCCCUGGGGAAGUUGAUCUAUGAGCUGUCAGUGCGCCACCCUGAGUCGUCCCAGCAGGUGAUUCUGAGGUUCUCCAAGGAGGCUGAGCAGGCCUUCCUCCAGUGCUGCGACAAGGAGGACCACGCAGAGUGUGUCAAAACGGCUCUGGCCGACAGUAACCUAGACAAGAUGAUCACUGAUGAGAUUGAAUACUACAAGAACUUGUGUGCUGCCGAGGCUGCCCUGGGAGAUUACAACUUUGAGAAGAGUAUGAUGGUGUACUACACCAGGAUAAUGCCCCAGGCCUCCUUCGUCCAGCUUCACAUUGUGUCUGAGACUGUGGCUGAUGUUUUCCAUGACUGCUGCAAGGACCAGCCAGGCCACUUAGUCUUGCCCUGCGCAGAGGAGAAGUCGACCAACGUGCUCGACGCCACGUGUAACGACGACAACUACUCCAGCAUUAACCCCCGCAUCGCCCACUGCUGCAACCAGUCCUACUCCAUGAGGAGACCCUGCAUCCUGGCCAUCCAGCCUGACACAGAGUUCACGCCCCCGGAGCUGGAUGCCAACAACUUCCACAUGGGCCCUGAGCUCUGCACCAAGAACAGCAAGGACCUCCUGCUAUCUGGGAAGAAGCUGCUGUACGAUGUGGUCAGACAUAAGACCACCAUCACCGAGGAUCAUCUGAAGACCAUCUCUACUAACUACAGCAUCACGAAGGAGAAGUGCUGUGCUGCUGAGGACAAAGAAGCAUGCUUCACUGACCAGGCUGCCAAGCUGCUAGCUGAGAGUGUAGAGCUGGUCAAGGUUUAAGAUAUAAUUUUCAUUUUAUUAAUUUCAACAGAGGAACUGGUGAAUUAAAAAAAUUGUUAAAGUUCUGUCUGUGUCUACAAUAUCUACCUCCAUAGCAACGCCAUAGUGACCUCACCUCAUCCUUCCAUCCAUAACGUCUGUGAUCCACUAAGGCUGUUUAUCUGUGAUCGACUCAUUAACCUGUCGGUCUGUGAUCGACUCAUUAACCUGUCGAUCUGUGAUUACUUAAAAGCACUGGUUUAUUUCUGACAGACAAUGACUCAAAUAAAUUAAUUUAUUUGA